AUGACUGACGUCUCGGCGGUUCAGGCGUAUGCUGACCAUCAGCCGGCUCCCAUCGCCCUCUACGCUAACCCUCCACCACCCACCUUCGCCCACGCUUCACCUUCCCUGGAUGGCCCUAUCGAAGAGGAAGAGUCGUCGACGAUAAAGUGCAUCUGCGGCUACUCGGACGACGAUGGCAACACGGUCUUGUGCGAAAAGUGCGACACGUGGCAGCACAUUGUGUGCUACUACGAGUCAGCCCAACACGUUCCCGAUGUGCACGAGUGCGCAGACUGUCUCCCACGGCCCAUGGACGCGAAGAGCGCUUCUGAAAAACAGCGUCUACGAAGGGAAGCCCACAGCAUUGGCGAGCGCAAGGGCAGACCUAAGGCACCCGCAAAGAACCCCAAGAAGCGUCCCAAGGACCCCCUUGGCUCAGUACAACCCAACGGAUGGCCCACGCAAUCAAACGGCGACCUACACUACGCUCCUGACCGUAAGAGCGGAAGCCCUCGAGACCAGCUGCCGCCGAACAAGCGCCCUAAAACGAGCCAUCGCCCAUCUGGAUCGACAAGCGUCAUCAGCCAGGCACCAGCUCUUGCCCCAACCUCACGGAAGCGAGGUGGAUCCGUCAUGCUCAACGGCCACAGUCCCGUCAAGUCUCCUACAAACCCCGAAGGCCCCAUCGAAGACUACUCGUCCGAGUUCAUGCACCUCUACCGACACCCCGAACCGCCUUCCGCUGAAUCCAAUUCCUACACACGAAUCGAUGUCGCAAACGAUAUUGCCAUGUGGCUAAAGGACCCUGAAGCCCUUGCCGAAGCAAGCGGAGGCAAGAAACCACAGGACAUCUUCUCACGCAUUGAUGUCACGAUACAGGAACUCGAAACGUCGACUGCACCAGAGAUCGUGAAACAGACAGACAUUGACUCGGCUAUCUUAGCGCAUGGCCUACACCCUCAAUGGCUCUUCAUCAUUGCCGACACACCCGUGCCAGAUGGUGGCUACGUUGGAGAGCUCAAAGGCCUCAUUGGACGAAAGGCUGACUACUACUCUGAUCCAUGCAACAGAUGGGACCUGCUACGACACCCCGAACCCUUCGUCUUCUUCCCUCCUCAUCUACCUAUAUAUAUCGACACCCGGCGCGAAGGCAACAUCCUCCGAUAUGCCAGGAGAAGCUGCAGUCCCAACAUGUCCAUGAAGAUUCUGAUCGACUCCAGCAACGAUUAUCACUUUUGCUUUUUAGCCACCCGCGAAAUCAGUCCCGGCGAGGAACUCACUGUUGGUUGGGACAUUGAUUCCGAGGUGCAAAAGCAGCUGGCCAGAGUCGUCACCAACGGUGCAAAGGAGGGCUUCAGGAGGAUACAGCCGUGGGUGUCUUGUGUCCUCGCUAACUUCGGGGGCUGUGCUUGCGAUACAUCUCAAGGCGGCGAGUGCCUCUUGGAGCGUGCACGCCGUAAUACCAUUGCCGAACCAAAGCCCAGAAACAAGAAGAUGAAGAAGUCACAAGUGUCACCCAUGAGCACAGGGCAUGCGACAAACAGCCGUGCUGGUAGCGAGACGAUGAACCGCGACGCCAACGACGAAGACCAAAUGGAUGCUCGUUCGACGUCCGGCUCACACAAAUCAAGCAGUCGCGACAUUACACCAGCAACCCACUUCUCUCUCGAUGGCGACAAGUUGUCAGAAAGAGAAAAGAGGAAGAUCCAGCAUCAGGAACUGUUGUUUCAGAAGCUUGACCACGAUGAACACAAGGGCAAGCGGAAACGAAACAGCGCUGGUUCAACGCUCAAUACGCCGAGCGUCUCGUCUUCGGUAAGACCCUCGUAUCUUCUCUCAUUUCAUGCUAAUGCAGCUGCACAGAGACGACUUGGACAUCCCGAACCUUCCCCCUCGGCCCGUCAUCGCGAACACAGCCAUGGUGUUGCACGCAAAACGUCGGGCAGUUCGACCAAGACGAACGGGCGUGCUGCGCCCAGACCGAAACCCGUUUACGUGGACGCAUCGACGCAGACGGCCCAAGAUAACAACGUUACCUCACUACCUUGUGGUCAGCCGCGUCAAAUGAGGCCUCCACUAUCAUUCAAGCGCAAGCUUCUGCAACAAGCUCAAGAGGACAAAUUGCAGCGCGAGCGAAUGCGGUCAACAUCGGUGAAAAUGGAGAUUAGGUCGCCUGCUCUAAAGGACGUAUCAUCGAGCAGGCCUUCUCCAUUGCCACCAUCCCCACCACUAGAAGAACCUUCCGCAAUGGAUAUUUCCACAGAGCCGGUAUCUGAUACGAGGCAUAAAGAGCUUACGCCUGAAAAAGAGCCCACACCAGAGCCUACAGCUGACGUGGAGAUGGGUGAUGCUGAGGUCACGGAGCCGAAACCUUCGGAGCCGUCAAACGCCGAAGAGCUACCCGACGCGCCUGCACCGCAAACUCCCCGAGAAUCGUCGCAUCUACCGACACAACCGCCUGCUCCACCGUGGUCAUCGGCAAUACCAAGCGACUCCUCGCCCAAAUCACCCAAGUCUGCGGCAGAUCCUCCGCCCAAGUCUGUAGAUCUCAAUGUUGAGAUGCCUGGGAAGUUGGAAUUGGGCACGACCGACAACAGCCGUGCAGUCACCCCCGGAUCGACGUCUGGUGCCACUACUGAAACUACUGUUGCACGCUCUCCGACUACAACGACCAUUGCCUCGCCCUUCUCACCUGCUGUGAACAAUGCCGUCAAGCAACCGCCGGCGCGCAAGAAGCUCAGUCUGAGCGACUACACCAAUCGGAACAGGCGGACCAAGUUGGCGCAAACACAAUCGACAGGAUCAUCUGGCUCCGUGCCAUUGGCCCAAUCCCAAUCUACGAGCUCCCCAACAUUGUCAGCGGCCAGUCUACCAAACAACAACUCACCACCGCCCAAGACGGCUGAAGCAAUCCUACCACCGGUUGCAGAGGAAACAAAGCCGGCAACGGAGGUAUCGGUCGCUCCUCCAACAAUAGCAACCACAUCAGCCUCAUGA